AUGAAGCCAGACAAGACAUUCUGUCAUGAUUGGUCAGAAAAAUAUGGGGGCGGAUUCGUCUUCUCUUUUCUUAAUCUGAUUGGUUGGUAGUCAGCCUGUCCACACUCUUCUGAUGACAGUGGUUAACGCUGAUUGGUCAGAUAUAUUAUAGGCCGAAAGCGUGUUUGGGGCGGAUCUACGCAGGCUUCGUUGCCUCCUCAGUCAUUUACAGUGAUGAACAGUCUCUCUACGAGUUAAUUAUUUCGUGGGGAAAGACAGAUAAAAUGAAGUCUAACAAACACAAGUCAUCACACUCAACUGAAAGGGAAUUUGGGGGCGCUUUUGGUGCCACCUGCAUACCCGUGUUCCUGCCUUUAACAGUUCUGUACCUGCUGAGUGUGUGUCGGUCCCCAGCAGCCAGUGUCCUGCAGUGGCCUCCUCCUCUACCCCCCACAGCCCAAUUAUGGGAUCCCGUGGCAGCUGUUCUGAUUGCAGGAUGGUUUGCCUUGCAGAGUUUUCUCUACCUGCUGCCGGUGGGGAAGGUUUCUGAAGGAUUGGUCCUCAAAGAUGGAUCCAGGCUGAAAUAUCCCAUUAAUGGUUUCCAUGCCUUAUGGAUAACUGCUGUCCUGCUGUCAGUGUGCCUUUGGCUUGGGAUGCCACUCGGGUAUCUGUUCGAACUCAUGUUGCCGCUAGCCAUAUGUGCCAUUUCUGUGUCCUAUCUGCUGUCUUUGUACCUGUAUAUCCGCUCCUUCUGGGCCCCUAAACAUGCCUUAUCUCUUGGAGGAAACACUGGAAAUCCCCUGUAUGACUUCUUCAUGGGGCGGGAGCUGAACCCCCGCAUUGGAAACUUUGACUUGAAAUAUUUCUGUGAACUCAGACCUGGAUUAAUUGGCUGGAUGGUAAUAAACCUGGGGAUGUUGAUGAAAGAGGUGGAGCUGGGGGGCUCUCCAUCUCUUGCUAUGCUUCUUGUGAACUUCUUCCAGCUGCUUUAUGUGACUGAUGCUCUGUGGAAUGAAGAGGCUGUUCUUACUACUAUGGAUAUUGUGCACGAUGGAUUUGGGUUCAUGUUGGCAUUUGGUGAUCUGGCCUGGGUUCCUUUCACAUAUGGUCUUCAGGCCAUGUUUUUGGUUGUGCACCCUCAGUCACUUAGUACCCUUGGAGCAGUGGGAAUUAUUCUUCUAAAUGGAAUUGGUUUUUACAUCUUCCGGAGGUCCAACUCUCAGAAAAACCAAUUCAGGAGAGACCCCACACAUAAAAGUGUAGCACACCUGGAAACUAUCGCCACAGCAACAGGGAAGCGUCUAUUAGUUUCAGGAUGGUGGGGGUUUGUCAGGCAUCCAAACUACCUGGGGGACCUUCUCAUGGCCCUGGCGUGGUCCCUGCCAUGUGGAACAUCACAUAUUCUGCCUUAUUUCUACGUCAUAUAUUUCACCAUUCUUCUUAUCCACCGAGAGGCCAGGGAUGAGAAUCAUUGCAGAGCCAAGUAUGGACUGGCCUGGGACACCUACUGCAAACGAGUGCCCUACAGAAUAAUACCUUACAUUUACUAAUUUAGACUGAUGUGUUCUGAACAGUUUAAGAUCAACAGAUUGCUGGAUCACAACAAAGCUACAAACUGGACCUCUAAAAAUGUUGAAGCUGUCAACCAUUUUAGAUGCAGAAUUGCAGGCCGUUUCUGGAAAUCCACUUUGGAUUGACAUACUGAGGAUCAAAAUGAAUACUCCCAACACAAACCUCUGUCAACAAAUAGCAUCUAUUGAUUGCAAUUUGCACGUUGUUUUUUUGUUGCAUUCUAACCUUGCUAAAUAUUCAUUCAAUUGUUUGUGGAAAAAAAAAACAUUAGUAAAUAGAUUUUACAAUAUCAUAUUUCAAUGUCAUGAAUCUUCUUAUUGUUUUCUGAACCUCGGAGUAGUCUGUAGCAUCAGGCAAUAUAAAACGAU